AUGACUGAAGAAGAAACAACAAAAAAAGUUGCCAAGAUGAGUUCAAUGCCCAAUGAAAUUCUCUUGUAUAUUUUUGCAUAUUGUGAUAUGGAUUCUCUUGUCAACAUGAAAAUGGUUAGUUUAGUUUAGUUUUAAAUUGGAAUUUCUUAUUUGACAACGCCCUGUGUUUUUGAAAAGAACAAACUGUUUUAGGUUAAGCAAUCGAUUUUGAUAAGAUAAAAUUUUUGAAAUACUUUGCUUUAACCGGUUUCAGACAAAUAAAGCAAAUCUCUCACGUGUUCAUGAAAUUUUGCGGAGAAAAACAGAAUUUCGCGCUGGAGAUCGGUUGCAAUUUAUGGAUGGCAUGCACGCCAAUUGCUCCUUGGCUGCUCAGAAAAUAUUGCGUUUCAUGAGAUUGAUGCCAAAUCUUCGGAGAGUGUCAUUUGUAGAUAUUCCAGCAAGAAUUACUUUACCUGAAUUGAUUGCGGUAGGAAAUAUUAACAGACUAAAAUUUCAUAUGUCAUUAUUUUAUCAGAUGAACUUGCACAAUCCAUAUAUCAGACAUAUUGAAUUUGUUCAAAAUCAAUUCAAUUUUAUUGAACGUGAUGCUUUUCUUGGGCUUCGCUACAUGAGAAAUUUGAGAAGUUUGAAAAUUGUUAAUUGGAAUCCAAUGCAUGUUGUUCGUAGAGGUAAAAACAAUCAAAUCAAAAAUAAUUUUUGAAAAUGUGUUUCAUUCCAGGUUGCUCCUCGCGUAUCGAAACAAUUCCAGCUGAAAUUCUUCAAGAUUUGAAAGUUUUUGAAAUUGCUGGAGAUGGAGAAACAGUUGAGAACAUUUUCUCAUUUAUGGAACAAUAUUCAGUUUAUAUGGAGAGAAUAAUCACCUUGAAGGUUAGUUUCAGUUUGGUGAGUAUGAAGCAAAUGAUUGUUCCAGGUACAUGUAAGAAUCACAACAAGUCGGGUUUCCAGCCUGAUUUUUAGAUUCAUUAUGAGACAUCCUCAUUUGAAAGAAAUUGCAUUCAACGGACUUUUGUUCGAUACACAAAGCCAAGUUCAAGAAUUCUAUUCGUAAGUUGAAAAUUGCAAUACAAAAAAAAACAUCAAAAAUUCAACAUAUUUUUUUGCAGGAUGUUGAUGGUGAAUCCACAAUUGCGCAUUCUUGACAUAGAAAACUGUGCGGUUGUUGAACGUCUCGAAAAUACAAUUUCAAGAAAUUUUGUAGAACGCCUGUACGAGAAUGGAGUGCAACUUGUUGGUCAAGUCAAAAGUCUUCGCCAUAUCUGA